UCUCCUCUCUCUCUCUUAGUUCUCCGUAGUUCCUGCAUUCCUCGUACCUUCGCCCUGUCCAAGGGCGUAGAAGCGAAAGAGAUACCGCCUCCGCCGUCGCCUUCGUUGCCGCCGCAGGUUCACGGCGUGGUCGCAACUCGGCUCUUUGGGAUUGGCUUGGAAAGGGGCGGGCUCUGGGAACUACAGAAGCAAGUUCUCCUCUGUUAGAUUCCGAUUUUGUGGAUUUCUUUUGAUUGUUGCUGGUGAAGGAAUAUAAAAGUUUAAAUACUAAGAUGGGUGGGGUGGGAGAUGUUACCGGGGGAGAGAAGUUAAUGGUAAUGGAGAACGGUUUCUCAAAAGGGCCUCAGUCUUCUCCUAGUACAAGUUUCCCUCCAGCAGUUGGUGCUCCUGCUCAGAAAGGUUUACAAGGGAAUGAUGCCCUUUCUUAUGCCAAUAUUCUGCGGUCGAGGAACAAGUUUGCUGAUGCUCUUGCUCUCUACGAAUCUGCACUGGAGAAAGAUAGCAGAAAUGUUGAAGCUCAUAUAGGAAAAGGGAUAUGCUUGCAGAUGCAAAACAAAGGGAGGCUAGCUUUGGAUAGUUUUUCAGAAGCAAUUAGGUUGGACCCACAGAAUGCGUGUGCCCUCACACACUGUGGUAUACUUCAUAAAGAUGAAGGACGCUUGGUUGAAGCUGCUGAGUCUUAUCAGAAAGCAUUGAUGGCAAACCCUUCAUACAAACUAGCGGCAGAGUGCUUAGCAGUUGUUUUGACCGACCUUGGGACUAGCCUAAAGCUGGCUGGAAACACUCAGGAAGGGAUUCAAAAAUAUUAUGAAGCUCUUAAGAUUGAUCCGCACUAUGCUCCUGCAUAUUACAAUCUAGGUGUUGUGUACUCUGAAAUGAUGCAAUACGAUUCCGCCCUGAGUUGCUAUGAGAAGGCUGCACUAGAGAGGCCUAUGUAUGCUGAAGCAUAUUGCAACAUGGGGGUCAUCUACAAGAACCGCGGGGACUUGGAGACAGCAAUUGCUUGUUAUGAGAGAUGCCUAUCUGUCUCUCCUAACUUUGAGAUUGCGAAGAAUAAUAUGGCAAUAGCUCUGACGGAUUUAGGGACAAAGAUUAAACUUGAAGGCGAUGUGAACCAGGGAGUGGCAUAUUACAAGAAGGCUUUGUAUUAUAAUUGGCACUAUGCUGAUGCUAUGUAUAAUCUUGGGGUGGCUUAUGGUGAAAUGCUGAAAUUUGACAUGGCAAUUGUCUUCUAUGAGCUUGCUUUGCACUUUAAUCCACAUUGUGCUGAGGCUUGCAACAAUCUGGGUGUAAUUUACAAAGACCGUGACAACCUUGAUAAAGCUGUGGAGUGCUACCAGAUGGCCUUGUCAAUCAAACCGAACUUCGCACAGUCAUUGAAUAACCUUGGUGUUGUAUAUACAGUCCAGGGAAAAAUGGAUGCUGCUGCCAGCAUGAUCGAGAAAGCUAUCCUUGCAAAUCCAACUUAUGCAGAAGCAUAUAACAAUCUAGGUGUUCUUUACAGAGAUGCUGGAAAUAUUCCUAUGGCAAUUGAUGCGUAUGAGCAAUGCCUUAGGAUAGAUCCAGAUUCUCGCAAUGCUGGCCAGAAUCGAUUACUUGCCAUGAACUACAUAAAUGAAGGACAUGAUGACAAACUAUUUGAGGCUCACAGAGACUGGGGUAGACGCUUCAUGAAGUUGUAUCCACAGUACACUUCAUGGGACAAUUCAAAAGAUCCAGAGCGACCUCUUGUCAUCGGAUAUAUUUCCCCUGAUUUCUUUACGCAUUCUGUAUCUUAUUUUAUCGAAGCGCCUCUUACACAUCACAAUUAUACAAAUUACAAAGUGGUGGUUUAUUCAGCUGUCGUUAAGGCAGAUGCAAAGACAUAUAGGUUCAAGGAAAAAGUGUUGAAGAAGGGUGGAAUGUGGAAGGAAGUAUAUGGGGUAGAUGAGAAAAAAAUUGCAAGCAUGGUACGAGAAGACAAGAUUGAUAUUUUGGUAGAACUUACUGGACAUACAGCCAACAACAAGUUGGGAACCAUGGCCUGUAGACCAGCACCUGUUCAGGUUACUUGGAUUGGGUAUCCAAAUACGACGGGUUUACCCUCUGUUGACUACAGAAUUACGGAUUCAUUAUCUGACCCACCAGAUACCAAGCAAAAGCAUGUUGAGGAGCUGGUUAGGCUUCCAGAGUGCUUUCUGUGUUACACACCUUCAGCAGAGGCUGGUCCUGUUUGUUCAACUCCUGCACUUUCCAACGGCUUUGUUACAUUUGGUAGUUUUAACAAUCUUGCAAAGAUCACGCCCAAGGUUUUGCAAGUUUGGGCCAGAAUACUAUGUGCAGUUCCUAAUUCUCGGUUAGUGGUGAAAUGCAAGCCGUUCAGCUGCGAUAGUAUCAGACAGAGGUUUCUCACGACCCUCGAGCAACUGGGGUUAGAAUCAAUGCGUGUUGAUCUUUUGCCCCUAAUUCUUUUCAACCAUGACCAUUUGCAAGCUUAUUCAUUAAUGGAUAUUAGUUUGGAUACGUUCCCGUAUGCUGGAACUACCACUACAUGUGAAUCUCUCUACAUGGGAGUUCCAUGCAUUACAAUGGCUGGGUCAGUUUAUGCUCCUAAUGUAGGUGUCAGUCUUCUAACUAAAGUCGGACUAGGACAUCUGAUUGCAAAAACCGAAGAUGAAUAUGUUCAGACAGCUAUUGAGAUGGCCUCUGAUGUUACAGCACUAGCCAAGUCAAGGAUGAACCUCCGAGAUCUAAUGGCUAAGUCCUCGGUUUGUGACGGUCCUAACUUCACCCUCGCUCUUGAAUCCGCAUACCGGUCCAUGUGGCGGAGAUACUGCGAAGGUGAUGUUCCGUCCUUACGACGCAUAGAAAUAUUACAACGGGAGGUUCCAGAAGAUUCCACCCCAAGAGAUUCCACAACCUCGAGAUCCGAUGCCCAUGGAGGAGAAGACACUGCAAAAGCCAACGGUUAUGUUCCGGUACCCUCAUCGAUGUCAACCAGAACCAAGAGGAUGGGAUCCAGUUGAACUGAAAGGCUAGAUAGAGACAGAAAUCUGGUAGAUCAAAGAUCAAUCCCGUGACUACGUAAAUUGAUUGGUACGAGGCACGGAAUUUCUGUUGGUCUGUCCCCUGAAGGGUUCGAUUCUCAGCACGAAACAGUAGCCCGGUCUUUGUGGAUUCUACAGGCAUUUGGUGGAUAGGAUUUGGAAGAGAGUAUGAAUGAAUGAAUCUCAUUUCUUCUGCUCUCUUGGAAGAUUAGUAGGGAAGUUAGGGUUUAGGGAUUGUGUAUUACAAGAACAGCAGUACCCUUUUGCCUUGAGAUUCAUUUCCUUGGUUCAUAGAUGAUGAUGGUGAUGGUGAUGGUGAUGAUUCCUGGGACUGUUGGAUUCUGAGUUUGUUGUGUAUUGAUAUUUGAUAUGCACAUUCUCAAGUGCCAAGAGUAUUUGGCGAUAAAUAGUAGGGUGAUUGGAUAGGGUUUUUUACCCAAACAACCCACUUCGUUCA